AUGCAAAAUGUUAUACCACUUUAUGUUAUGGAUAUUAAUAUAGAUAAUUCAACAAUACUUGAAACAAAUAAUGAUGAAAUUUAUAUUAAUGAUGAAAAAGUAAUUCAUAGUAUAACUGAGUUAAUUGAAAAGGCUAGUUAUAGAAGUAUAAAAGAUAUCUUGAAAUAUAUAAUUCCAUUUUAUAUUGAAGAAAAUAUAUUAAAUCCAAAUA